AAGCCGCAAUGGCCAUCUGCAAUAUACCGAUAUACGAAUACGGACACCUGUACGAUGCCCUAAGACGAAACGUAGCCACCCAAGACUCUGUUAGAGAACAUCAAGACCAGCUACGCGAAACGAGACAGCGUCACGACGAAAGUGUGCAAAGUUAUAUCAUCAGGUUCCGCAGAGCGCUCAAUAAGUUACAAUACAGUAUAACGAACGAAUACCGUGACGAAAUUACUAGACGAGCUAUGAACGACAGGAUUUUAAAAGACUCCGUGAUCGAUUUUAUCCGAGGCCUGAAAGGCGAAAUAGGACAAUUACUACUCGCCACUCCACCAUACAAUAUCCUUGAAGCCGAAAAGAAAGCCACCGACAUCGAGCGAUUCUUCAGGGAAGAUCGAAAUCGACGACCAAAACCAAUAGAACAAUUACGACUUCCUGAGCAGCAACGACUAACAACCAAUAAUCCUAAUCCGAUCACUAAAAAACCAACUCCAACACCCAAUCCAAUGCCAAGAAGCUUCCGACAAACCGAACAAAUACCACUUGCCCAAAGGACACAAUUAAAAUGCUUCAAAUGCAACCAAAUCGGACAUGUCUCCAGUCAAUGUAAAAAUUUUCGAACACCCAGCCAAUUUCCGAGACCACCAGCAGUCCAUAAUCUCGAGACACACAAGGAAGAAAUAGAGAAACCAAUAGACCAGACUUACGAAUUAACGCCACAACAGGAAGACUACCCACAGUACUUUUACGAUCCGACGGAUAGCGACAUAAAUUCCUCGUUGACAGCGGAGCAGGAAUUAAUAUACUCAAGCGAAGAUGCGUAUUACGACCAAGAAUAACAAAAGAACGGAAAUUCUCGAUGGGACACUCUAAAUUUAAAACUAACGAACACGCUUUGAUAAAACUAUUUGGCAAAACUCUAGAAUUUUUUGUGGUAGAAGACAACUUUACAAUUAUAGAAGACGGCAUACUCGGAAAACGACGUACCUCCAAAACAAGCAGUGUCAAAAACAGUCUACCUGGAAGGAAAACCGACAACGAUAUGCUUUAUCAAUGGUGGUCGACGCUCCUCUUUGCCGGAAUAGUAUCCGCGCAAAUA